AUGGUAAGUUUCGGUUCUAGGGGGAAUCACCUCAACCUCCACGCCUCUUUCCCUUAUCCCUAUCUACUUUUUAUGACCUGCUUGCAGAAGUUUUACGUCAUCGCCUUGGCCUUUGUCGGCAUCGCCGCCGCUGACGUCAGUCACCUUAAGUUGGGCCUAUCCGCCGAUGGAGGCUAUGGACUCUCCACCUCUUCAUCCUUCUCGUCUUCCUCUUCCUCGGAGGUAGUGCCAGGUGGUGAUUACAGCUCCUACCAACCCGCUGAAUACACUCAUGAGCAUUUGAAGUCGGAUGAGGUCAUCCCUGGAGGUGAUGCUGGUUCCUACCAGCCCGCUGAAUAUACUUCCGCCCAUCUCAAGGCUGCUGAGGUUGUUCCUGGUGGCGAUUCGAGCUCUUACCAACCCGCUGAAUACACUCCAGAGCACUUGAAGUCUGCUGAAGUGGUCCAUGUGGUCCCUGGUAGCGAAUCGAGCUCCUACCAACCCGCUGAAUACACUCCCGAGCACUUGAAGUCUGCUGAAGUGGUUCCUGGUGGCGAAUCAAUCUCCUACCAACCCGCUGAAUACACUUCCGAGCACUUGAAGUCUGCUGAGGUUGCUUCUGGUGGCGAUGCUAGCUCCUACCAACCCGCUGAAUACACUUCCGAGCACUUGAAGUCUGCUGAAGUGGUUCCUAGUGGCGAAUCGAUCUCCUACCAACCCGCUGAAUACACUUCCGAGCAUUUGAAGUCUGCUGAGGUUGUUCCUGGUGACGAUGCUAGCUCCUACCAACCCGCUGAAUACACUCCUGAGCACUUAAAAGCCGCUGAGGUUGUUUCUGGCAGCGAAUCGAACGCCUACCAACCCGCUGAAUAUACUUCCGCCCGUCUCAAGGCUGCUGAGGUUGUUCCUGGUGGCGAUUCGAGCUCCUACCAACCCGCUGAAUACACUCCUGCCUUUCUCAAGCAGUCUUCCCCCGCUUCUGUUGCCGCUGAGGUUGUUUCUGGUGGCGAUGCCAGCUCCUACCAGCCCGCUGAAUACACACCCGUUCAUCUUAAGGCAUCCGUUCCAGCAGCGAUUGAAGCUGAUACUUAUGCGCCAGAGCCCGCUGCUAUUGGAGCUGAUACCUACACCCCGGAGAAGUUUAUUCCCCAGGCUGACCAAGAUGUCCACUACAAGUAUGUCCAAGAGCAGCAGCAGGAGCAGGAGCAGGAGGCUGUUGUUCCCGGGGGAGAUUCUAGCUCUUACCAGCCCGUUGAAUACACUCCUGCCUAUCUUAAGCAGACCUCUUCUGCCGCCGCUGCUGCAGAGGCUGCUCCUGGAGGCGUUGCUACCUCCUACCUACCCGCUGAAUACACUCCCGUUCAUCUCAAGGCUUCCGUUCCAGCAGCAAUUGGAGCUGAUACUUAUGUACCAGUACCCGCUGCUAUUGGCGCUGAUACCUACACCCCGGAGAAGUUUAUCCCCCAGGCUGAUCAGGAAGCCCACUACAAGUAUGUCCAGGAGCAGCAGGAGCAGGAGCCGGAGACUGUUGUUCCCGGAGAAGAUUCUAGCUCUUACCAGCCCGCUGAAUAUACGCCUGCUGACCUGAAGCAGUCCGUUCUUGCUUCCGCUGUUUCUGGAGCUUCGGUCCAGAGCGGUUACGUUCAGAACCAGGUCUCGUCUGUCGUUCCUGGAUCGGAUGUCGGUAGCUACCAGCCGGCUCAUCUGAUCGCCGCCUAUGUCAAGGGACAGGCACCCGCCGCCAUCACACCUGCCCAUCAGUACGAGGAGCCCGCCUCGAAUGGCAUCGAGGAGUUCAAUCCCGAGACCCACGAGCCCGAGGCCACUGGUGCCGACACCAUCACUCCUGCCCAUCUGCAGGCCACCUACUCGAAGGCCGGCCAGGAGACCCAGUACGCCUCCAACGGAGGUUAUGUUUACUAA